CCACCAGCACCACCACAUCACUAACCCAUAGCGAAACGACAUGACCCUAUCAAAAGAAGCACGUAAGAAAUAUGAACAGAAAACUGACCGUAAAGAGUACAAGAACGAGUGGAAAAAGCAGAUGCGGGAAAAGAAGCGGGUAACGGGGGCAAUAUCGACAACGAAGGAGAGGCUACAGAGUAAGGAUCGGAGUAGAAGGUAUCGGGAGAAUAAGAAGAAGAAGAUGGCGGCUGCUGCGGCGUUGCUUGACUUGUUCGCACCUUCACCGGAAGGCAGUCAAGAACCGGAAGAUAGAUCAAAUCCGGACGACGAUGCAGCUGAAGCCACCGCGGAAACUGAAAAAAGCACUGUCGACGACGACGAAAAGGAAUCCGCGGACAAAUCUUCAGAAGUUUCCACCACGUUUCAUCUUGAUCCGGCUUUGUUAAACCUACCACCACCGACGACAAACAUUUUGAUUGAGCCAAGCGAGUUUGUUGAAUUGUCACCGCCAGAAAUGCCGCAACAUAGCGAUAUGGAGCCGAUUCUGGCAUAGGUGUCGUGUUCGAUGGACUUUUUUGGACGAUACCAGUUUUGGGAGCUUCUGCAGGCCGAGGUUGCAUUAUCUGCGGAUCUACGCUGUAGAAUGACUACUAUGUUUUUUUGGAGGGAUUUACUGCUUUUUGGCGUU